AUGGCUGACAGCUCAGAAAAAACAUUGGAUCAACGAGCAUUGGAGAUUAGAAAUGCUAUGGCUGAUUCACAAAGCAGUGAAUUAAACGAAAAUAACUUACAAGAUUCAUCGAGUGAUGCAGAACUAUUCGAUUCUGACUUAGGCGAGGACAAUGCUCUAAAGAAGGAUGAUGAUGAUGAAUCCAUUGCAACACCCAAAACUAGUCGAAGUGCAAGCGAAAAUGAUGAAAAUGAAAACAUCGCUCAAUCUGCAAGCUCGAAGGCAAACACUGAUGAAGUGUCGAAAAGAGAAACCUCAACAGAGAAUACCGAUAUUAUAAAUGUAAAUCCGUACAAUGCUGCGGAGCAUCGAGAUGAUAAUCAACAAACUACUUUAUCGAAUGAAACAAAAUCUACUCAAAAUAAAACUAUAAAACAAGCAGUUAAAGCAAAUUUCAUCUCGUCAUCGUCGUCGUCGUCUUCUUCCUCAUCAGAAUCUGGUUUUGAACACGUUAAACGACUUGAAGUUGAAGAACAUGCAAGUAAUAAUGAAAAUCAACAUGAGCUCGAUAUUACAUCGUACUAUGCUACACUUCCAUCAAUUUUCGAUCAAUCUUCGGACAUCUACACUACAUCAUCGAAUGUAAUUGAACAUAAAUCUUUGAAUCAGCCAAUGUUUGGUUCAUUCACAUUUAGUAAUAAUACUGCGGAUCCAUUCAUAAAUGCGGCAUUUGUCUCGUCUGAAGAGCCAUUAUCAUCAUCUAUAAAAACAUCAGAUAAUAGACUCGAUGACAUGUUUUAUGAUAAUAAAAAUGAACUAAAUAAUCAAAAUGAAACUAUUUCCCAAAAUGAACUAAUCGAUACGAACUUAAAUAAUUUAUCGUGUUCAAAUUUAUUUCAAAUAAUAAACGAUAUAAAUGCUUUAUCAACAUCCAGCAGAUAUUCUCUAACUGAACUAGAUGAAAAUUUAAAGAAUAAUAACAAUAGAGAAGAAGAAAAUCCUAUUAAUCAUAAUGUUGAUAUAAACGAUGAUGAUAACACACCGUCACAAAAUUCAGAUGAUAUUGAUCUCGAUAUAGAAGAUGAUUUUGACAAUAUACCCGUUCGACAUAGUUUAACAAUAUCCAAAAAAAUAAAUGGACACAAUGAUCUAUUACACUCUCAUGAUCAUGAACCGACAAUUGAUUUUUCAGUUUUAACGAUAGCACAGGAAGAGAUAGAAGAUGAAAAUUAUACAAAUGGUUUUGAUCUUGGUGAACCAAUAGCAUUGAGUCAAUCACCAUAUGCUAGUGAACAUUAUAGUGAACUCAAUGAUUAUUCUUCAACACUAAUACCAUCUCAACUAAGAAUAAAUAAAUCAAACAUUUUAACUGGAAAUAGUAUAAGAGAUAUUGAUGAUGAAGAAGAAGAUGUAGACGACUAUGAUCUAAAAGUUUUGUCAUUAUCGAGUAUGUCAAAAUCUAGCAGUAUGAAUUUAUCGUUUGGUAGUGAAUCAUCGUCAGACUCAUUAAAUCAAGCAGAAACAAUUGAUAUUAAUUCAAAUGAAAAAUUAAUUGAAGAUGAUGAUGACGUUAUGACUUGGAAUGAUGAAAAUAUUCUUACAUCUUCAUUAAAAAACACUAUAAAAGAUAUCUCGCCUCCUAACAUUAGACUAAAUGAUAAUGUUAGCUUUAUGGACUCAUCUAAAACUCCAUCGGAAUGUAGUGAACGUUUAAGUAUUGGCUAUCAAGAUGAGAAAGGUAGUGAUUAUGAAUUAACAGACAGUGAAGGUAUUGACUAUGAUCCAUUAGAUGAUCAACAUUCAACAGGAAGUCUACAAGAAGCGUUUGCUAAUGAUGAAUUUAAUACUGAUAAAAGACAUGAUUCACUGGUAGAAUCGACUAAACAAAUUAGUAAAAUCACAGACAUAUCUAAGACUGAUGAUAUUCAUUUUACAAAUUCUUCUCAUUCUGAUACCAGACUAAUUAUUCGUGACGAUGAUUUACCUAUUACCUAUAUAAGUUCAGCUCGUUCACCGAUUAGCGAUUAUAACGAUUCUGAUUUAAAACUUGAAGUUCACCUUGAAGAUGAUACAAAUCUAUCACAACAAUUAUCGUCUUCUCUACCUUCAAUUAUGAGUUCUUCAUUUUCCUCCACUUCAUCAGAAUUAUCCAAUAUCGAUGAUAGUUUGACGCAUCAUAAUAUGGAACAAGAUAACAGUAUUAUUGUAGCCAUGGAUGCUGAUGAAAUUGAUGACAAUAAUGAAUCUUUUGGUUCUACAAAUUAUUCGGAACCGAGAAUAGUCUAUCCAUCAUAUCAUAAUGAUGUCAUUGAAAAUGAUUCAUUAGAACACGAAUCUAAUGAUCGUGUUAUGGCACCAAUGGCCACAACUGAAUUCGAAGACGAUAGUAAUAUUUCUCGAAUAGAACCGAAUGACGUUUCUACUAUAGACAUGUUGAAACAACAAUAUAUGAGCGAAAAUACUGUUUUUAAAAAUUUACUUCUUACCCGAUCUUUAUCACCAUCUAAUAGCAAUUACUUUACCGAUCUGCGAAAUAUUAGUCGUACAGCCGGUAUUGUUCAAGAUGUUUUGAAUUUGAGGAAUUUAAUAACUGAACAUGAAAAUGAUGAUGAAUUCGUAGCUGUUAUGCAUAAUCCAACAAUGUUUGAAGAAAUAUUACACAACAAUGAUAUUCAACAGAUUCAAACAAAUAAUGACAAUGAAAAUAAUGGUGAUAAAAAUUCUAUCCAGAAAUCAGAAUUACCCACGCAAGAAAAUCGAGAUCUAUUGAAUUCUGUUUCAACGAACGAGUUUCCAUCAACAUAUAAUAACGUUACUGAUAGUCACAACGAAAUAUCUUAUACAACUACAGUAUUAUCAUACACAACAAAUGAAAAUGAUUCUGACACUAAUGAUAGACAUAAAUCUAUAACAACUAUAGUCAAUAACAGUACAGAAGAGAAGAUAGAGAAUGAAACAGAUAACAAUAGUAAUAACAACGACAAUAUUAAUAGUAAAAACAGUAUCGAACAGUUAGUGUCAAUAUUUAACGCUAUUCGUUCACAGUUGGAUAUGGAUCUUAACGAAAACAACUCUAGUUCCGAUGAUGAUGAUGAUUUAUUGCAAACACUAGCUAAAAUACAUUCCAUUAACGAAAAUGUUAAUCGAACACUCGUCGAAAAAGAAUUAAAACGUCAUGGGGAUGAUAUUUUAUUUGGUAUAAAAACAGACGCUCAAACUUCUACUGCUAACUUAUUUCCAGAUCGACAACGGGACAUAAAACAUGUAAAAGUGCAACAAACACUCGACCAGAAAGAAGAAAAUGUCAUUUUUAAUGACAAAAAUCUAAAACAACCAUUAUCGUCACCUUUAUUAGAACAAGGAAAAAAUAAUCCAGAAAACCAUUUCUUCAAGUUGAAUGAAUAUCAGUUUAUUCUUUCUCAUAAUGACAAUCAUUACAACACUAACGUCCUUAACACUGAAAAAAAAGAAGAAAAUGCCAAUAUAAAACGAAAACAACAGAAUGAAGAAAAUAAAUUAUUUGACAAUUCCUCACUAUUAACAUCACAUACAGGUGAUGCUAUAAAAGAAAAAAAAACGGAAACAUUUUUACAAGGCGACAUAAACGACGAGGAUAGAAAAGAAAAAUAUAUUCUUUUUACAAAUCAAAUAAAUAGUGAUGUUGAGGACGAUGACAUAAAAAAACAAGACGUCUUUUCACAUGAGCCACAACAACAACAACGAAAACAAAACAUAGAAGAAAAAGAAGAGAAAAAUAUCACAUCAAAAUAUCUGCAAUCGAAUAACAAUAAUACUAACAAUGAUUCAUCUACAAGUACUUCUUUUAUACCAUUUGGACCAGUAGACACUAUUACGACUGCUGUUUUUUCUUCUGCAAACGUCAGCGAUAAACACUUAAAAUUGAAUGAAAUUAGUGAUAAUAAUACGUCUAAUACCUUCACAAAUAUAAAAAAUCAUAUUAUGGAUACAUCAUCAGAUACAUCAACCAUAAUACACAAUGAGUCACAACAAUCAACAGAAGGAGUUUUACAAAUACCAUCAGCUGUCAUGUUAAAUCCGUCCAAUAAUAAAACAGUAACACAUUUGAAUGACGAUGAUGUUUUUGUUGAAUCAAAAUAUGCUGAUGUUCAACAAUUUCCCAUGAGAUCAAAUUUUUUACCAUCAACUGUGAAGGAACAAUCUCCAACAGUUCAAAAUAGUGAUGAUGAUUCAUCUGUACAAAAAUCAAUAAAUGAUUUGGAUACACUAUGGAAUCAAACAUUGUCUUAUUUACCAGAUACCAAACAAUCUAAUCAUACUAAAAACGAAAAUCCAUUUGAGACAUUCACUGUCAAUAAUAAUCCAUUUAGUUCAUCUCCAUGGAAUGAUAUAUUUCAAACAACAACAGAAACUAAACAACCUAAUGAAAUAAAUGAUAUUAAUCAAUGGUUAGAUUAUACUGACGAUGAAAGAAAGAAAUCAGAUGAAACGCAAAGUUCUUCAAUGCCAUCAAUGAUUCAUCACGCGAAUAAUUCAUUAUUAUUAGAUUUCAGUGACGCAGACAAUAGUAAACAAGUCAAUAAUACCGUACAUCAACUUAAUGAACAUUCUAUUGAUCCAUUUUCAUUGAAUCUCAAUUUUAAUUCUAAUCAAUUAGUAGAUGAAUUAGAAAAAACGUUUGGUGAACAAGAUGAAAUAUUUAAUGAACAUUCACGAAAAACAGAUGAAUAUAUCAGUACUGUGAAAGAUAAACAAGAUGAUUUUCCUUCGUUAAUUAAAACGAAUAAAUCUGAUCAUGUUGAAAAAAUCGAUUCAUCUAGUGAUGCUAUUACGCAAGUAAAUCCUAUCAACAAGGACGUUACUAUUAGUUCACUCGUUAUUCAACCAACUGAUAAAACGCAAAAAGUCGAGCAGACGACCACUAUCAUCGAACCGAUUCUAACACCCCAUAGAAAUCCUACGACGUCACAUGAAUCCACAAUAACUCCAAUAUCUGAGCAGAAUGAAAGAUUGACAAGUAGUGAUGUUAGUACCAUUACACAUUUAAAAGAAGAUCAUGGCACACACAUUGCCAAUACUAUUGAAUCUGAUAACUAUUUCGAAUCACAGUCGGACAACGAUAAAAAUUAUUCUCCACAACAUAAUAUGAAAAAGAAUAUUUUUGAUGAAAUAGAAUCACAAAAUUUCAACAAUAACAGUUAUGGGCUCGCAUGGAACACUGUAUUAGAAGGAAGCAAACAGACAACAUCGACUAUAAAUCCCUUCGACGAUACUGUUAAACUUUCGGAUGACAUGUUGAACCAAAAAACACCAAAUGAAAUGUAUGACCAUCAGAAACUUAUAGAAUUGCCUUCAACAGAAGCUUUUACGUGGGAAGCACUCUUCAAUGAUACGAAUGAUACAAAAAGCAUAACGUCUAAUUUAAUAGAUAGUUUAGACCAAUUACCUGAUGAUACGACGAUAGGUCUAUCGGAUAUAGUUGAUUGGCAUGUGAAGAAUAAAAGUGUCGAACAACCUCUAUUGAAUUACAUCGAUUUACACUCUCAGUUAAAGGACACUGAUAAUAUUCAGACAAUCUUAGACUGGCAUCAAACGAAUAAUUCAAUAUUAAAAACAGAUAGUGCUCUAUCACUCAAUAAUUACCUAAAUUGGUUAACUAAACAUCUGGAUGAGAAUAUUUUAUUGGAUAAAAAACAGGAUACUGUUCCGAAUUCUGACCUUUAUGAGGAGACAAACAAUUUAGCUAAUAUAAUCCUUCAACAUCAAAAUAUGACUCCAUCCGUUAAAGAUACCAUCGAUAGUAAGCGUAAUAUUCAAAAUUUAAGUAAUAAUGUAGAAUGGCAUGAUGAGAAAGUUGACAAUUUAUACGGCAUUGUGGAGUCUCAUAUACGUGAACCAAGUGCACAUCAAUUACAGUAUCAACAUGAUAAUCCGUAUGAUUCUAAAAGUGAUGAUGAUGACCAAGACGUCGUCUACUCUUAUGAUAUCAACGAAAAUAGCUUUAACGAAGUAUCAAAUACUGAUUCUCACAGCAGAAGUACUGACGCAGUGGAAUUCGAUGAACUCGUUAAGUUAGAUUCGCCUGAACAAUUUCAGAAAAAUCACUCAUCAGAAAAUUUGACAUCUAUAAUGGAUUCUACGAGCCAAUUACAAUUACAUGAAUCUCAUAAUUUAUUUACAAUUGACGAAUCUGAUUUAGAUAAUGACAGUGGAUUGCGAAAUCAAGCUUUAGACGAAAACGUUUUAGUUGAACCGCAAUACGUUGAAGUACAACAAUCUAGCAAAAUCGAUAACCUUCAUUCAAUUGUAUCUGCACAUCAAAAUUUACCAGAAAAAAUGGUGCCGAUAGAUAAUCUUACUACUAUUAUGCGGUCAGUUCAAAACAUUAAUACAUCAAAGGCAUCAACUGACUAUUUUACUACAAGCGUUGAUGAACAUAAUCAUUUGGCAGAAAAUAUGUUCGCGGAACCAAUAGAAAACAUUAGUUCAAUUGGCGAACAAAUAUACACAAACAAUCUGCCUACCACCACGACUUCAGAAAACGAUCUUAAAAUAAAUAAUAUCGCUUCUAUACUUCAACAGAUUCAUACACGACAAAUGGAAACGUCAAGUCUGGAGAAACCGACUAUUGAGAAUCUAACAAAUAAUACCACCGAGGAUAAUCAUCUAUUACCACAUGAAACAAAUUUACUGGAAAAAUUCGAUUCAAACAAAUCGCCAGUGAUAGAUGAUUUAACAUCACUUCUGAAAUCUGAAAAGAUGCACAGAUUGGACGAUUCUGUUCUAUCGGAUAAUCUAACCUCUAUUAUGCAAUCGAUGAUAGUACUUAACGAAGUGUCUGAUGAUAUUGACAAUAAAAAAACCAUACAAGACUCUGAUAUUCCAUUACAACAGCCGGAUAGUGAACAAUAUAGAAUAGUAGUUGACAAAUUAGUAUCCGAUACUUUACAAACCGCCUAUUCUGAAGUUAGCAAAGAUGUAUCGAUUGAAAAUUUAGUUUCAAUUGUAAUAGCUAAUAAUAAUAUAUUUUCAAAUCAUAUUCCAGUCGAACAUUUAGCUCAAAUAAUUCAACAAGUUAAAUCCCAGCAACAACCUCUAAUAUCUUCGACUGAGCUACAUAUUCUGGAUGAUGAAGAGUUGUCUAAUAUGAGAAAGGAUGAUCAUGCUCUACCAACAAAUUCAAAUGAAAUGAAUGUAUCACAAAAUCUUGAUCCAUUUGAUCCUAAAUUUAGUACUCCAUGGAAUAAUUUUACUACAGUAUCACAAGAUCCAUUUGAAAACUCCUUGGCAACUCAUCCCGAACAUUCUUCAGAUCCUUGGAAAUAUGAUAAUUCUAAUAAUCAGUUAGAAUCCGCUGCUGUUGUUGAUCCAAUGUCAUUCUUUACUAACACAGUCGAUUUCACCGAUGAUAACUUCAUCCAACCUCUCGAUCAAAAUAUGACUGAUAUACUAGCAAACUAUUUACCAAUAAGCUCUGGACAACAACAUUCUAAUAAUUCAUUAAACCACAGUUCAACACCGAUUGAUAAAUUGAAUAGAACCACAACACCGACAGACGAAGACGAUUCAUUUAGCGACUUUAAAGCACGUUUGCCUGUUGAUCAAUUAGGAACGAAAAUGAAAUAUUCUUUUACCGCUCCAGUUAUAGAUGACAGUGCCGAUGAAAGCUCGACAUACGAUGAUCAGUCAGUGAAAAAGAACGAGAUAGGUGCUGCGGCUGAUGACCAAGUUUUAAAAACACCAAAUCAAUCAGAAAUUAUUCAUUCACAAACGGAUAAAAUUCAAACCAUUGAUAGUGAUGAUACGGAUUCAGACGACCAACAGCCCACCGAUUUUGAAAUUUCUGGUAGUGAUUAUCCUCUGAACGCUGACGCGGAAGAUUUUACUUCAGUGAAAUCUAACCUUAAUCAACAAUCUUCUCCAAACAAAGACGAUGCCUGGACCACUAAUAAUGAACAAAAAACACAGAAAACUCUCCUUCUUGGCGAUGAACCGUGGGAGCUUGAUUUACCCUCAACAAAAAGUCCAUCAACUCCGCAACUUCAGAAAACGACCGAUCCUCAUACUAACUUCUUUAUGGAUACAUUUAAUCCUACGAAUAAAUCUCCGACGCCAUCAGCAUCAACAGAAGAUUCUAAAACAGCCGCUGCUCUAGAUGAUGUAGAAGAACAGGAUGAUUAUGACAAUUAUUUUAAAUCAAUAAAUGCUGCUAAACAUGAUCAACAACUGCCAUUGAAAACAGUUCGAUUCGAUGAUAAUGUUGAAAAUCGACCAAUUACACCAAAAGACAGUUUAGAAGCAACAUCGUCCUCAUCCUCGUCAUCAUCUGAUGUAUCUGCUGAUAACGAAGUGGAUAUUAAUUCUCCAUCCGACUUACAUGAUGCUGAUCGAAUAACAUACCAUAUGGAAAAUAUUCCAUCAGUAACUAAUGGAAAAGAUGAAAUAAUAGAAAUGAAUCGGUUUGACAAAGAAAGAAUGAGUGAUCAAUAUCUUUCAAAGAAAACGCCUACAGAACCCUUACAUGAAACAACAGAAAUCACGGCAACAAAUAUUUAUCGUACAAACACUGAAAGUUCGUCUGAUGAAGAAGUAGAAACUAAACCAUCGACUGUCUCAAAGGUUAAUAUUCAUAAACCAUCAGAUGACAUUAGUCUCACACAAUUACCACUUUCUAUUUCAAAUGAUGAUUCAAAAGAACAGAUACAACAACGAGUAUACUCUGAUAACACUGCUAAUAUUACACCAGCAACUGUACCCGAUGUGCAAAAUCGAAGGAAUACAGAUUCAACUCCGGGACUUAUAUCCGAAUCAGGUAAGUGA